AUGGCGCCAGCAGCGGCGGGGAGAGUCGAAAAACGUCGCGGAAAGCGAGCGGCAGAGGAGGAGCUCGACGGCGAGAGGCGACUGAGGAAGAAGUUUGGCCGCCUGCGACUCGGAGACGGACGGGCUGGUGUUUUUUUCCUUGGGAGAAAAUCUGGGGAGUUUUUGCAGCUUCUGGAGGCUAACAGCUUGGUUGAUUUUUAUCUUUCUACAGACAGAUUAUCCGAACAGGCACUGAUUACGCCCACGACGACGACAGCAACAGCAGCAGGAGGAGGAAGAUACGGUCUAGAAGCUCAGAGACAGGCAGACGGACGAGAGCAUGCAGGCUCGCCGUCGAAAUACACGUCCUCGCGGGCCAGCAGCAACGGCGAUGGCAUGCAGGUCGACGACACCAAAACCCGAGUAUACAUCACGGAUCUAGAGGACGAGAUCGCCCAGAUAGAGGAGGAAGAGAGCAGGCAGACGUUUAAAGUCAUGCCGGAGAUGGAGAAGCAGCUCAUGUCGAUCCCGAAAUCAGUGCUUACGCAUAAACCAAAGGAGGAGAGGAACAACGAGCUGGUGCUCUACCGCGUUCCGGCAGCGCUGGGAAUACCGGCUGAACAGGACAGUGUUCGGGCAGUGAUGACGGACGCAAGAGAGCGAGCCCGAGAGAAGAUGGCAGAGACUUACAACGGACAGGCGGAGGGAGACAGGACACCGCUGCCGGACAUGGCUGUGGACGACGAACAGUUGCCUGGCUACGAUUCCGAUCCCAUGGAGAUCGACGAUAGUUGA